CAGACAUUUGCCCCAGUUUUACGACUCAUAUACCCUCGACGACCACACACACUCUCUCUUCUAUAUAGCCUGGAGAUAGUCACAUCUACUCCUAUACACCCGUCAAACGCAACAAGUGAUAGCUGUCGUAGCCAUGGAGGUCGAUACCCCGCUCGCCUUCACCCCCGCGCCCAAGAACGCUGCGACCAUUCUCUGCGCAGACUGCGGUGCGCCCGUCGAUGGCACAAUCUCCGGCGCCUUCUGCUAUGACUGCAUCAAGCUCAAGACAGAUGUCACCGGUGGCAUUCAGCGCGAAGCCAUCUUGCUCAUGUGCCGCGACUGCGACCGAUGGCUGUCCCCUCCCACGACUUGGGUCGUCGCGGCCCCCGAGUCGCGUGAAUUGUUGGCACUCUGCUUGCGCAAACUGCGAGGACUCAACAAGCUCCGCAUCAUCGAUGCGAGCUUCAUCUGGACAGAACCGCAUAGUAGGAGGAUCAAAGUCAAGAUCACAGUGCAAAGCGAGCUCAACGAGGGCGCCAUCAUGCAGCAGAGCUUCGAGGUCGAGUUUACCCAAAACUACCAUCAGUGCCCGGACUGCGCGAAGAGUUAUACACACAACACCUGGCGAGCAUGCGUACAGGUACGACAAAAGGUGCCGCAUAAGAGGACGUUCCUGUAUCUCGAGCAGUUGAUCUUGAAGCAUGGGGCGCACAAGGACACAAUAAACAUCAAAGAAGUACACGACGGCAUCGACUUCUUCUUCGCGCAGCGGAACCACGCCAUUUCCUUCUGCGACUUCCUCAAGGCCGUCAUACCCGUCAACAUCAAGAAGUCCGAAGAAUUGAUCUCGCACGACAUUCACACCUCAACAAAGAACUACAAAUUCUCCUUUUCUUGCGAAAUUGUACCCAUUUGCAAAGACGACCUCGUCGUCCUACCUAUCCCACUUGCAAAGAAAGCGGGCAACAUUUCCCCCCUUACACUUUGCACACGCAUCGGCACAUCCGUGCAAUUACUAGACGUAGCGACCCUCCAAACCGCCGAUGUCGCGACGGAUGUGUACUGGCGCACGCCCUUCCGCCCGCUUGCAGACGUCCAAGAACUCACCGAGUUCAUGGUGCUCGACAUUGAGCCCUUGGGAAAACAACAGGGGCGGCACUUCCUCGCUGAAGCUACAGUAGCCCGCGCCUCCGACAUGGGCAUUAACGACAAAACGUACUAUAGCCGCACGCAUCUUGGUGGGAUUUUACACGUUGGUGACUCAGUAAUGGGCUACCUACUUAGCAACACGAAUUUCAAUAGUGAACUCUUCGACAUCCUCGAAUCGAAUAACAAAUACGCAUCAGCAAUCCCUGACGUAGUGUUAGUCAAGAAGUUCUACCAGCGCUCAAAGAAGAACAAGAACAAACGGAAUUGGCGUCUCAAGCGUAUGGCGAGGGAGGAGGGCGAGAUGCUACCUCGCAAGCAAGAUCAAGAGAAGAUGGAACGCGACUUUGAGAUGUUCUUGCAGGAUGUGGAAGAGGAUCAGGACUUGAGGCAAGGGAUGGCGCUGUAUAAGGCACAGCAGGAACAGCGGCAACGGGAGGCGGACGCCAUGGAGACGGAGACUGAAGACGAGGAGAAUGAUGAGGGCAUAGAGAUUCCGAUGGAUCAGUUGCUAGACGAUUUCGAAGAUCUGAAGAUGCAGGAUUAGAAGAGUUCUCUCCUUCGUUACGAUGCAUUAAAUUCGCGGAUUUGUUUUGUCAUGCUGCAUUUCUGAGGCGUCGAUGGGAAAAUGGGUGCAUUGAUGAUUUCCUCUGACAUAGACUGCGGGGCUUGUGGCAUCGCCCGGCCUUGAAUUCUUAGUGAAGUCAAAUCAAUUCGUUCAUAGGGUGA